ACUAAAAAAAAGGAGAAAAUGGUGGCUUGCCUUAAAAAAAGAGUAGGGUUAUUAUCCUCCGAACGAGAAAUGGCUUCCUUCUACAGGUCAGCUCUAAUGGCAAGAGCCCUCACCCUAACCUCCCUUAACUCCCUAAACCCCGCAGCCAUGGCGUCCCCGUUUGCUUCCGCCACCAGAACAGUUCCUUGCGCUACAAGUUCCUCGGUGACAAGGACUCCAUGCUCCGGUCAUUUCAAGCUUUCAACCAAAUUGGCCUGCAUAUUGGUUCCUCCAUCCUUUGUUCUUUUCCCUUUCCCAUUGCUUUCUGGCAAUUGCAUUGUGGUUUUCUCGACCGAGGCUGAGCGUGAACGUUGCCCCGGUUCGACCAAGUUGUACUGCACUACUCUCCUCCUUCCUUGUGUGCCCAUGGCAUAUAAAUUGCUAUUCGUUAAACGGUUUCCGUGAUCAAUUUUUUUUCUCCUUGUGUGCACGAUGUAAUGCUUGGCCUGAAGAAUUAAUGGACUAUCAACCUAGAACAAUAGCAAUGUUGCAUUCUCUUGUAUGGUUUCUCCUUGCUAGCAGGCUGUCCCUGUUACCCUGUUAGGUUCAUGUGAUGAUGCAUGAGCUUAUUUGGGAUGAAUACCUUCGGAAAAUGUAGUGGCAUGUUAUCGAUGGACGGGUUUUUUACAAAGUCGGUGAUCAGUC